AUGGCUUUCACCAGCUGGAGGACUUGGUUGUCAGAGACCUCUCUGCUAACAACAUUUUCAAAAGAAGAACUGUCACAAUGGGUCUACGUGGAGCCCUUCAGUACAAGGAGAGAGGUAGGAAGUCCUUUUCCUCUUUUUGGGUGGAAGAGCAAGGCCUCUCCAGUUUUCAACUGGUUCUUCUUCUUGUGUGCAACAAACUUUCAUGGCAGCAUCAGACUUCUCACAAGGCACAAAUUCGCAUGUUGCCUUCAAUAA